AUGUCGCUGGGUAAAGUAACCCCUACGGUCGACAGCAAAGUUGACAUGCCCGCCAACUCCGCUGAGGUUAUCCCCUCGCCGAGAGACAACGGCCAAAGCGCCAUCAUCACUUCAUCUGGGAAUGCCCACUCCUACAGCUAUGCUCUCACUGUUGCCGAGGUCAUCGAAAUGACCAAGUGUCUCAAGCUCGACAGCCCUACCGGCCAGAGCACGAUCACGAUCAGCGAGAACGAACAUGCAACGACACCCAUCGACAACAACACCGCGAACAGCGCCCAAGACAACAAGUCUUCUACUCCAGACAAAAGCGAGGGCAUUGAGAUUCGACAACAGGAAGUCGCUUGCACUCCUCCUCACAAGUCCGAGAUGGAAGACUCACGUACCGGAAGCACCUCCACCUUAUCUACCAGCCACUCCUCAGCCAAAAACGACCCCAAACAGUCAGACAAUCAUUCCGUUGCAAGCACUCAACCCGUUGUCCCAACGAUCUAUCCUCCCCGCCGACGCAACAUCUUUUCCAAAAGCGCCCCUCAGCGCAAUGUUCAGUGGAGUAAAGAAGUUCUCGCCACUAUUCCUACCAAUGCGGCAGAAGACAGUGACGAUGGCGAAGAUGGAUUCACUUUGCAGGAGUUACAGCAGUUUCAGGCGGAGGGAAAGGAGGAUAUGGAAAGGAAGACAAAGGGAUUCCUGCGCAUGGCUAGCAGUAACACCUGGCGACCGCGUAAGGUGGAGAAUUUGGGAGAGCUGUUUGAAAUUGAGGAUUAG